GUCCAGUCUAUAGUGUUGUUGUCUUUACUCCAGUCUAUAGUGUUGUUGUCUCUAGUCCAGUCUAUAGUAGUGUUGUCUCUAGUCCAGUCUAUAGUAGUGUUUGUCUCUAGUCCAGUCUAUAGUAGUGUUGUCUCUACUCCAGUCUAUAGUGUUGUCUCUACUCCAGUCUAUGGUGGUGUUGUCUCUACUCCAGUCUUUGGUGUUGUGUUGGUCCCCUCUAGCUGUUCACUGGUCUCAGAUCCCGGCACGAGGUCUGCUCCUCUUCGGUCCCCCAGGCAACGGAAAGACCAUGCUGGCCAAAGCCGUAGCCAUGGAGUCCCAUGCCACCUUCUUUAACAUCAGUGCCUCCAGUCUGACCUCUAAAUGGGUGGGAGAGGGAGAGAAGCUGGUCAGAGCUCUGUUUGCUGUGGCCAGAGAACUACAGCCUGCCAUCAUCUUCAUUGAUGAGAUCGACAGCCUGCUCUGUGAGAGGCGGGAAGGAGAACACGAUGCCAGUCGGCGUUUAAAAACAGAGUUUCUCAUACAGUUUGACGG